AUGUUUUUUUUAUGGCAAACUGAGAUUACUAACUCAGACAACUUAGUCGUCGAAGAUCAUCCGAAGUUUCGGGGAGUUUGCGUGAUUCAAUUAAACGAGGUAGUUGAAAAGUAACUGUGUUAAGUUCAGUUAGAUGCAAAGUAUCCAUGACGUUCUCUAAUAAAGAAGUGGCUUAUGGAGCUACAACCAGUUGCAAAAAUGUUGUUGAGACAGUCGGACGAAAAAACGAUCUUUCUUCCUUCAAAUCGCUGCUGGUCACAGGUUUGUGAUAUAUAAUACUGACCUCCCCCCUCCCUUCCAUUCAAAUUUGUUCCUCCAAGUGUUGAGCAUGGUCUUGUAUUGCUAGCAACUUUGUUAAGGGGCGGAGGGGGGAUCAAAAGCGCAAGAGUGGAGAGGCCAUUCAAGGCAAAUAACAGUACAAUGUCUCAAGUACUUUUGCAACUGGUCGUAACUGUCAGGCGAGGAGUUUGUUUUUCCAGUGAAUUCAACUUGGCUCCUAAUUUGUUUUUUACCAGGAAUCAACUGGUAUGGGUCAUAUUAUAUGAUGUACAUAAAAGUUUCAGAGAACGUGAUUCUUUUUUCUCGCGUUUCCACAGUUGCUCGAAACCGUUGCUCUUACAAACUGAAUUGGGUCAUAAAUGUCAACAUGGCUUUUUGCUUUCCUGGAAAUUGCAUUAGUUUUACCUUCAGUGGACAUGCACGUUAAUUUUAGUUCCUUGGCGCUGUUCUGAUAAAACAUAAGAAAGAAACUGCUUCGUUUUCUUCAAAGUAUUAAAUUAUAAUUCUUCAUUCCUGUAGUAGAAAAAAAAAUCUAUGAGCAGUUAUUUGACUUAAAGUCUGGAAAAGACUAGGAUUGAAACCAAGAGAGGACGAAGGACCUUUAUUCUCUCUUGAUUGGAACCUUCUCCUCGUCUUAAUAAGGUGUAGACUUUUUGGGUGUUAAAUUGAAACCUAGAUGUACAGUAUACAAAAAACCUUCUGUGCUUUGUAAUCACAGGCUGCCAAGAGUUCCACACGCUCAAGAGGACAAGAAACAAGAAAAAUAAUUAUUGACCAAUUGAGCUCUUUACCCUGGGUUAAAUCAGAACCCUUUCGAUGCCAAGGAGGAAUGUCACUGAUAAGCUUUAGUAUGCUGGUGCACGCCAUUAAUGUCUACUUGAAUGACAACUAUCCAGAAAGCCCCCAAAACUUUAAUUUCCAGGCAGAACUGAAGGCUGCAAGCCACUGGCAUUGGUUGGAUGACGGAGAAUGGUGUCUUGAACUUGGUCCUCAUGAUGAUCGUCGCGUAAAAUUUGCUGCGAAACAGACAUUUGAUAAAUGGGCAGAAGAACUGAAUAAAGAGAGGGAACAGCCGUCCCAAAAACCUGGAGUAGACAGCCGCUCUUCGGGUAGAGACGAAAGAGUGUCAGGUAAACGAGCGGGGACAUGUUCUCCUCGGUCAUCUUCAGGAAUUUUGUAAACUCACGAAAUUUCUCUUUCGAAGGCAAUGCUGCUUUUUGCGUUCCAGGCUCUUCCAUUUUAAGGCACCCGCUUCCAACCACAUCUUGUUGAUAAGUUUAACGUUUAGUAAACAUUUUUUUCUGUUGCUGGUUGCCGUUCCUUGGAUUAAGGUUGUCAGAGACUUUGCCACCUAAAACUAUACAUCAGACACUUUUCAGUGACACAAUGUUUAGUUGAAUAUGCUACGAUGCUCUUUUUGGCGAUGCUAUUUUUACUACUCCCAUACUAAUUUGUUACUAAUUUUCGAAAAUACUUUUUCUUGAUAAAUUUCUUUUUAAAACUUGACAUUAUCAGGAUUGUUAAUUUUUUUUACCCAGGUCAAUGUUUAUGGCCUUGAACUUUCAAGGUUACUGAAAACUUGUAAGGCAAUAAAAUAGCCUCCAAUUUGCUAUUUUUUGUUGCAAGUUAGUAUCUUGGGAUUUUUUUUUUCUGCUUCCUCUUUUCAUUACAUUGUGACGACUUCAACCGGGGCCACCUAGGGACUUUCAGUCAAUCAAAAACCGCUCCUUUAACAAAGAAUUGGGCGUGCGGACGUCAACAAGAACUGUCCUAUUCUUCGAUUGGUUAGUUUCAAUCCUAAAUUUCGCCUUUUAGAAUGGCUCACUCCUAGCGUGAGCCAAUCAGAGACCAAGAAUCUUGUUUUCUUUUUUCCUCGUGAUCAAAUUUAAAUUUUUACUUGUUAACGUGCGUUGCCUUUUUUAAGGUGAAAGUCCGUAAGUCGAGAAAGUUGGAUGCCCCUGAUGCAUAUUUUCUUAAACUAGACAAUUACGAUUUACUUUUAAAAAUAAUUUCCCAGUUUUACUUCGAUAUUUUCUUAAGACACCUUUUGAUGCACAGCGAGUGCAAAUAUCAUAAAUGCCCCUCCCUGUAAGGAUGCCAGCUUUUCCUGAGCUCAACCCUUUUUGCAUGCAUGAAGACAGUGACCCACCCCCAGCAUUUUUUCAGCCGACCCCAACUUGUACUUUAGGAUCAGUCCCUAAGUGUAUACGACACACCGUUCUAAACCGCGAAAAAUUUAGGAUGGAAACUAACCAAUCGAGUUCCCGAUGAGGUCUGCACGCCCUAUUCUUUGUUUAAGGAGCGGUUUUUGAUUGGCUGAAAGUCCUUAGGUGUCCCCGGUUGAAGGCGUUACACUGUAAUAUUUGCCCUUUUUUCAGUUUUUUUUUUAAUAAACUGAAGUGAUUACGAAUUAAAUUGUUCAUUUUCUUUCUUCCUGAAGAUCUUGAGGAAGGAAUUUUUUCCUUGAUGACGUAUUAUGACUUUGAGAUGGAAAACGAAUCAGCAACUACGUCUCAGUCUACUGUUAAAGGUAAAACGUUGUGAGGACUUGAUGCCGUUAUAUUCGGCACUAUGGUAAGAAAAGUCUUGAUAAGCUUUAGUUACAUGUAACAUUAAUAUUGUCCUUAAAGUUGGUCUCUUUCAUCAUCCUCAUGUUUUUUUCUUGCCACUUGCAAAUAUUAAUUUUCAGGUACCAACUGCACUCCUUCCCUGACCUCUAUAUCUAGAAAAGGCUUUAUAAAGUGAGGCAAUGUAAACGUGGUAUAGUAAUUAAUUACAAGCCACGCCGCGAAAUAAAGCUCAAUAGGUGAGGCAAGUGCGGACUCCCCGGAAACCCCUUUUCUACUUUCCAUAGCCUUAAUUUUUGUUUUAACGUGUAGGUUCAACUUCCUCUAAAAUUACAGAAAAUGCCAUACGCCAAGAAGUUGAUCUCAAGAUUGGCAGAAACACAGAACAAAAGAGGUGAGCCAAGCCAGUAAUAAGCAUUAUGGCCGACAUGGACCAUCUGUAUUGAGUUAUAAGCAGAAAAUCAUCUUUUUAUUUCAAUUCGAGGCCCAAAAACCUUCUCAUCAAAAAGCCCACCAAGCUCUCUAUUGCCAGCACUAGCUGCACGUCAUUUAAACUGCUAUUAAUAGUUUGAAAAAGGUAACGGACUUAAGUUGCUUUGCUACCGUCUCGAUCUUGGACGAAGACAUCGGGAAGAGCAAAAAGUGUUUGUCUGUAUUGCUUAACGGACCGGUCAUAAAUUAGAGGAGGGGGAGGACUGUUGCAUUAUUUUGAUGCGCAUGUUUUUGGCUGGUCCUCCCCUUUUCAGGUGCAGAAAAAAGGCUGACCCUCCAAAAUAGUUUCCACAAAUUAUCAUGCCGCCGUCCCCCACCACCCGAGAGGGAAUAAAAGACUUUAAAGAACACCUCUUAAAUAAAACGUUAAUAAACGUUAUUAAGAAAAUCUAAUACAGAAAACACUUUUAUAAGUGAAUUUUGUAGACAGAAAUGACAAGCCCUCCAAUAACAGUGUAAAGAACUGAACAAAAUGCAUCUUGCCAUUUGAGAGGCCCUGUUAGGGGAAAAUUCCGACAAACGACUUGGCCUUGUGACAAGAUUUUGGGAAGAGAGGGACUAAAGUAAAAAAGCUUGCUAUGAGGGUGACUGAGUGUAUCUUAAAAUCCAGUUCAGGACUCGACUUUAGAAAACAAUGUUAAUGUCAAGUUGUUUCACAUAUUUACACCACUGCAGAAACUAAUUGUUAAGUUAUUGUAGUUGGUCACAAGAUAUAACGUUUUUAUUCUCUUUUGACAAUGCCGUACUUAUCCUUUUAUGUUUGUUGUUGUUGUUUAUACGCAACUCAGGAGAGGUCUUGGGUAUAUGUGAAAAGAAGGACCCUGAAGUUACAUCAUGGACUGUUAAAACAUUUUUUCUCGGCUACCUUCAUCAGAUUCAAUAAGUGUUUAGUAUUAUUUACAGAAGGUUGACAUCAUUCUAAGCCUGAGAAGAUCGAUUUCAUUUAUACUCCCUAACCCUAAAAACUUCGCAUGAAACCCCGUCUUCUGCGUUGACAUGAAAAUUAAGGCGCUCUCCAUAUUUGCACCUUCUCACUUCCUUCUAAUUUAUGACUGGUCCCUACGCUGCCUAUGAGACAAUUAAACAAUUGUUUUGUCCGCCCAUCCUUAGCCCAGAAGUAAUUAGCAAAGUCAACUAAAUUACUCACGGUUUUAGGUAAGAAUAAUGGUAUAAACCUUACUCUUGACGUCCAGGGAAAAAUUUAAACUCAGCAAUACCGACCUACACCGGCGGUUCCUGAGGAGAAAGAUAAGAUACAAUCAAAUCUCAAAAACUGUAUUUUGCUAAAAGUCCCGACUUGCAUUUACUAUUGUUUCCAAUGCAUACUCGGUGUUGGGGUACUCAAAUCCUCGCACUGGCCACAGUACUGUCAGCAAUGUGAUCGUUUUUUUUUUAAAAUAGUUUUUGAUAUGACAGAAGCCAUGUUUUAUUCCGCCGUAUAUAUACACUACACAUGCUUGUUAAAGUUUUUCGAGUUAUAUUAACCUUAUCAAUAACAUCCACCCAUUUACCUACACAGACUAGCUGAGUCAUUGGCCGCCUGUACAGUGGAAAGUUAAGGACGGUUGUUUAUUCGACCGGCUGGACCUUCGUGUUAUGGACACUGCACAAAAAGAAAACUUCCACAAAGCAAUAAGUCAAGUCGUACAAUAUUUGAAAAAUAUUCCCCAAAACAAACUGGGACAUUAAACCUUCAACCAAGCACCAUGAAAUUGAACUACAACAAAUGCAAUUUAAUAAUAAUAACGUCUUUAAUAAUAAUAAUAACGUCUUUAUUAAAAAGCAUCCGAUAAAAUUACAUAUCUGAUGUUACAGUAAAAAUAUAUAUUGAUAGAAAAAAAAAAUUACAAUGAUUAAGACGAAUAAAAAAGAUUAAAUUGAUUAAAAAUACAUAUGGGGUAUUUACACAGCUAGAUUAUAUUUAAAAAAUAAUCUAUUAAAAAAGCUAUCUUUGAAACGUUCAGUGUUAAUGCUGGGCCUGACAAUGGAUUUCCUUCGAAGGUUUGCAAUACAGUCUUUGUACCUUGGGAGCAAGCUUUUUAAUCGAUGGUCAUCGCGUUUGAGGUUAUAAAAAAGGCGUCUGUCGCUUUUCUCCAAAAGUUCAUAUAUGUUGUAAUUGACUGACGUAUAACGCCUCUUAUAGCAUCUUUUUAAAAACCUUUGUAUGACAGUAAGUUCGGAAACACUUGCAGCAUAAACUGAAAGACCGUAUAAUAACUUAGAACGGCUUGGAAACUAAAAUUUCGAGGACGUUUUUGGACUUUUUACAUUUAGGGCAUGAAUUUUUCGUCAUUUCAGGCCAUGGAACCUAAAAAUGAGCCUAGCUAGCUGUAAAAAGGGGCAUUACGGAGGCAAUACGUCCUAGCCGGCAUGAUCACAUGCUGUUUACGGAAAAUUCCCUCAUUCAUGUCGGGAAAUUCUGUAUUUUGAAGCCUCCCCUAGGGCAUGACUCAGCAAUUGAGGACAUUUCUGCUACGUUGUCAAUGUUGGUUAGCAUGCAAGGAUUUUUCCCAUGCCUAUCGUCAAUGAUUUGCUCACUGGUAAUAGAGGGGGUAGCCCCAGAGUGGUUUUGCAUUGAAAUUGGCAUGCAACAGAAUUUCGCAUGCUCUGUAAGCAUAAUUUGAGGUUCCGUGACCUUCUCACCCAGGCCGCGAGAAGCCUAGGUUCUAGUAAUAAGUAAUUCAUACCCAGAAAAAUCUCCGGCAUGCCGGGCAUGCCAUAAUCUGGGUCAUGCCACUCGAACAACAGUUUCAUUUUUAAGCAGGGAAGGUGUAGACCCAUAUAAAGCAGGAAUAUGUAAAGGAAACUCAUCGAAAACUUUUUCGCAUCUUUGUGGCGAUAUUCUCUCAUGGCCCGUCAACUGAUUACUGGGGGUUGUGAAGAAAAGAUACAUUAGGACCAAAGGUUAAAGCCUGUCCUGUUACAUCAUUUGCAUGUUACCUAGAGUUCUAAUAAAUAGGUCAUAAAAUAGGAUUUAACGAGAGCGAAUUUGUUUCUUAAUCGGUGUAUAAAAAAAGUGAAGCUAUCAAAUGAGAAGUUUAUAAAGUAUCAAAAUUAUUAAAUUAAAAGCUCAAAUAAUUAGGAAAAUUCCUAUACGAAAAUAAUGCUAGAGACAUUAAAUUGAUCAGAUAAAAUUCUCAGAAAAUAUGUCGAAUAAAAGCCUCAUUGCUUGCUUUUGUUUUUGCGUAAAGGUAGCCAAGUUGAAAAAGCGACUAAAUCUUAGUUUUUUACGUUGAACAUGUUUAUUAGCUUAGUUUUCGUCCGUUUUAAAAGCUUUAUAACCCAAUCAUAAUUUUCGGGUUAAAAUAGUACAAAGUCAUUUCAAAAACUAUGUUUAUUUAAAGAAGAGCCGACAAACGUGAACAUUUUGUAAUUCAGAAAUCGGACCCAGCCAGGUUAUUUAAGCUUAGAAUUUUUUGCAUUUUAGCGUCGUAUAAAUUUACCAGAAUCGCCUCUCAAAGGCUUACUGUAGUAAAGCAUUUUGUAGUACACUCGUAGACAAGCAAUGUAAGGCAUAAGUGGUUGCUUGCAUAAGACAUCCAAAAGAAAAAAAUUAGUUUUGUGGACCUAAACGCACAUUCACAGACUGCUUAUUGAGUUGUUUACAACUUUGCAUUGACACCUGCAGCAUGUUCAUUUUUUUAAAGCGAAAUCCAAAUCUGAUUUUGGCAUUUGAUUUACGGAUAUUUUAUUUUGUCUCCAAAAGUGAUUGGUUUCUAUAUUUUUGAAGUUUCCUCUAGUCUUCUUAACAGCAGAAGAAGAUUACAAGACGUAGAAACAGAAACAAUCCGAAGUGAACGAGUUGAAAACCACUUAUGCCUGAGAGUUCUUAGGCAUGCUGAACAGCAAGAUAAACUGAAUGCGAAAAGGAUAAUUCACGGG